AGUUCCAAUUUGCAGUCAGCGACGUAAACGCUACAAAUUAAGCAACUAUACGAAAAUUUAACGAAAAAAUAAAAUGAAGUUGUCCAAGAAAUGCUCCACCUAUUUUCUGAUAUGUCUGGUUCUUUUGGCAUGCUGCUUGCAGGAAACAGAAGCAACGCGGCGUGUAAAUCGCGGCCGACGCACUCUAACACGCAGAUACUUUAAUGGACUUGCCAUUCCCGGGUGGGCAGUGGUAACGGUCGUGGCUGUUGCUGAGCUGCUGCUGGGCGCUGCUCUUUACUUCAUCUUGUACAAGGUCAUCCUGGACAAGGAGCCGGAACCGGCUAGUACUUAUACGCCAGCACCCACCCAUGAUCCCACACCGACCAAUGUGCAGCCCGUACAGCCAGCUGUACAUCCCGCCGUACAGCCUGCCGUACACCCUGAUGACGCAUCCGAUGUACAUUCCACCAUACAGCCCGCCGUACAGCCUGCCGUACAAUACCCCGGAGUACAGCCCGCCGUACAAUACCCCGGCGUACAGCCCGUGCCGCCUUCACAUGCUACAUCCGUUGUCUAAAAAGGCGGAAGUCGGCCAGCAGCUGAGUUGUGAAUUGCCAUUGAGUUGGCCAUAACCGAUACCAAUAACUUAAUUUAAAUGCCACGUCCACCAAGCAACUACUUAAAAAAAAGCCCCUUCGGCUUCUAGACGUUAUCUUCUUAUCAAUAAUCGAAUACAACUUUUAUUUUGUUACAAAUAAAAUGUAAAUUUCACGUCGA